GGAGGUCUUUUGCCUCUUCUCACUCUCCGUAACUGUAGCCAUAGCAACAGCCCGGUGUCGUCCGAGAGCUACAGCGGUGGCGCAUGCGCAAAAGGAAUAACCCGGAAACGGAAGUUGAGGAGUCGCUGUUGGUCGCAAGCAACGGAGUAGUUGUAGACGCGUGUCGGCGGUUCUUUGAACGGCGGCAACAUGAGCCUCUUAAACAAGCCUAAGAGUGAGAUGACUCCGGAGGAGUUGCAGAAGCGGGAAGAGGAGGAAUUCAACACUGGGCCCCUUUCUGUCCUCACACAGUCGGUCAAAAACAACACCCAAGUGCUGAUCAAUUGUCGCAACAACAAGAAGCUUCUGGGGCGUGUCAAGGCCUUUGACAGACACUGCAACAUGGUAUUGGAGAACGUCAAGGAGAUGUGGACAGAGGUGCCAAAGAGCGGGAAAGGCAAGAAGAAAUCCAAGCCUGUCAACAAGGAUCGCUACAUCUCCAAGAUGUUCCUGCGUGGAGAUUCAGUCAUUGUGGUGUUGAGGAACCCUCUGAUUGCUGGCAAGUAACAAGGCAUCGGAGGUUGCAGUCGAAGGCGUGGGAGCUCCAGAGCCUGGCCAGCAGGGUGAUGCUUUUGAGACCACCUACCAGAGACUGGUUUAGAUGUAGCCAUCAGAACGCUCUAUCAGAUGCUCCUUCCAUAACAAGUCCUUGUGUAUCGAAAUUUCCUGAAGAAGUAAGGCCCUCGAAUCACAUUCCUCAAAGAACUGGCUGGUGGGUGUUCCACUGUUGGGGGGGAAAAUGUCUGAAUUCUCCUGCAUGACCUAUUGACUCCUCCCCCCUUUUGUUUUGCAAUAAAACGUUUUAUUAA